GCCAUAUCAGCACGUUUUAUUUAUUGCAGAGUAUAUAUUUUUAUCUCGUGUCAGUGAUGUGCCAUACUUUAUAACUGGGACACCAUAACGUUUUGUUUAUCUAACUGUCGUCGGUUUCAUGUAGCUCGCAAAGACUCUUACUGAACAAAGUGAGCAGUAGCAUCCAGUCAUGGAGGAGGGGUUGGUGGAGACGCCAGAGGAGCUGCUGGCAAAGCAGCACCGCAAGGAAAAGAAAGAUCUACAAGCUAAAAUCCAGAGCAUGAAAAAUGCAGUUCCCAAAAAUGACAAGAAAAGGAGGAAACAGUUGACAGAGGAGAUUGCCAAGCUGGAAGCUGACCUCAGUCAAAAACAUGAGGAGGAAUUGAGGCAACUUAAAUCUACAAAUGACACAAAGGUGGAACAGGUGAUAAAUGGAGUUGAGACCAUGAAUAUGGAGGAUGGAGAACAAGAUGAGCUCAAACAGCCACGAGUAACAAAGGCCCAGAAGAGAAGGGACAAGAAGGCUGCCCAGGAGAAGGAGAGGGAGAGCAGGAUAGCCGAGGCCGAGGUGCAGAACCUGCAGGGUGUGAGGCACCAGGAGGGUUUGAAGCUGGCUCAGAAACUCGCCCAGCAACAACUUCAGAUCAAGGAGAUCUCCUCUGACGGCCACUGCAUGUACCGUGCCAUUGAAGAUCAGCUGGCACAGCGAUCAAAGCCUGAGUUGACCAUGAGUGUGAAAGAACUGCGGUCCCGUACCGCUGAUCACAUGAGAAGCCAUGCUGAUGACUUCCUGCCUUUCCUCACUAACCCCAACACUGGUGACAUGUACACAACAGAGGAGUUUGAGAAAUACUGCAGUGAAGUGGAGCACACAGCAGCCUGGGGUGGACAGCUGGAACUGCGAGCUUUGACCCAAGUUCUCCACUUGCCAAUACAAGUCAUCCAGGCUGAUUCUCCGGCUGUAAAAAUUGGGGAGGAAUAUAAAAGUGAACCUAUCACCCUUGUGUACAUGCGGCAUGCCUAUGGACUGGGAGAGCACUACAAUUCUGUCGAACGGCUAAAGGAUCAAGCUAGUGCAGAGGACAGCUGAGUGACAGCUUAGUCUUGGUGUGACAAACCAGUUUGCAUAGUGCAGAGUGUUAAAACCACUCACACCAAGGGCCCCUAAAUACAAAAGUAUUUGAAAGGGUG